CUUGACGGUGAUUGAAUAACGGUACUUCAAUAUACGGAGACAACAAAUAGUGUCAGUGAAUAUUUGAGCGUUGUUUAAAAGUAUCCAACUUCCUUAAGCUCAAACCCGUUACGCAGAAAUAUGAACGCGGAAGAAAUAUUCAAACGCACGGACAAAACGUGAGGAGGCGCGAUGGAUGCAAAAGACAGAGAGCGGCAGCGGACACGGGACGCUUGCAAGAGAACCGGUGCGCAAACAGAAAGCGCCAAUGUCUUGCGCUCGUUCGAUAAUGAGAUCAUGGGAGACGAUUUGGACCAUCUGAAAAAAUUUAGUAAUCUUGAACGACGGCUCAUGGCACCGCGGUACAGCUUGAUCCGUGAAGUUGGAAGGGGCAGCUAUGGCGUUGUGUACGAGGCGGUCGCGCGGAAAUCAGUAGCGCGAGUGGCAGUGAAGAAACUGCGCUGUGACGCGCCAGAGAAUGUGGAGUUGGCACUGGCCGAGUUCUGGGCUUUAACCAGUCUGGAGAAACGCCAUGAGAAUGUGGUGCAGCUGGAGGAGUGUGUGCUUCAGAGAAACGGGAUGGCUCAGAAAAUGAGCCAUGGCAAUAAGCGAUCAAAGCAGUAUUUGAGGUUGGUGGAGACCUCGUUGAAAGGCGAGCGUGUAUUGUCAUGUCCCGAUGGACCAUGCUACCUGUGGUUUGUCAUGGAGUUCUGUGAGGGAGGGGAUCUGAAUCAGUUCAUCCUGUCUCGCCGGCCCGAUCCCCACACAAACACCAGCUUCAUGCUGCAGCUGAGCAGUGCUGUGGCAUUCCUGCAUCAAAACAACAUUGUUCACAGAGACCUUAAACCUGAUAACAUCCUCAUCUCAGAGUGUUCUGGUGUGCCUGUGUUGAAAGUGGCCGAUUUCGGCCUGAGUAAAGUGUGUGCGGGUCUGGCCGCUGGGGUUCGGGCCUCAGAGGAGGGAUGGAACAAAAAAAAGAACAGUGUUAACAUCAACAAGUUCUGGCUCUCAUCUGCAUGCGGCUCAGACUUUUUUAUGGCACCAGAGGUGUGGGAAGGACAUUACACGGCCAAAGCAGACAUUUUUGCUUUAGGCAUUAUCAUCUGGGCCAUGAUUGAGAGGAUCACAUUCAUUGAUGCCGAAUCGAAGCGGGAGCUGCUAGGGACAUAUGUGCGACAGGGUUCUGAUAUUGUCCCGGUUGGGGAGGCACUUCUGGAAAACCCAAAGAUGGUGUUGAGUAUUCCUCAGCGCAGGCGUUCGCAUAUGUCGGAGGCACUCAGAAAACUUUUGCAGGACAUGUUGGCCGUCAACCCUCAGGACCGACCAGACGCAUUGGAGCUGCACAACAGAAUGGGACAGGUCACCUGCACGCUGUAAACUCUGACCUCUUGUAAAUGCACACAAAUGCACACAGGCUUUCCCUUUCCACAACAGAACACAAGGGACCGUGGUACUUGGAAAACUGAACCUUCAUCGCUGAUUUGAUGUGAAGAGUGCAAAGUACUCGACAUACAGAUUUACAUAUUUUUUGCUUCAAAUAGAUUUCAAAUUCAACUGACGUUUUGCUUUUAUUUUACAGUAGUGAUUUAAACAAAUCAUUCACAAAAUGUACCUUAUCAGCAAGUCCAUAAGUGUUCAGCCUAACUCAAUCCUCAAUUGCAUCACUAAGAGUGAAGUACAAAUAAACAAAUUUGUGAUAUAGUGAGUACAAUCUUGUUAAAACAAGCAAGCUCUUUAUUAGUCUAACUGGGUGACUGGGACUUUACAUUUAUUUUCGUAGAGCUUCUCUAGUUGCACAUCUUCUAAAACAAUCAUUUGGCAUAAAAGUAUUUUAAGAUAUUUUGUUACAUUUUAUGAGUAAUGAAGACUUCAGUUUAGUAAGCAAUUGUAAUUACUUGUCAAUUUAAACCAGUCAUAUUUCUAGGUUUCAGAUGUUUUUUUAAUUAAAUUUUUAUGAAUUAUUGCAUUCUGCUGAACAAGUAGUCAUGUUCAGUUGCUUACUAUGAAAGAAAUCUCUGCUUAUUUGCCAAAAACUAUUAACAGUACAAAGAUGUUCACUCAAGGCACUUCACUUCAUUUUGAGCCCAAGGAUAUAUAUGCAUGAUCAUUUUUCACUGUGUGGUUGCGUCCACCAGCAAACAUGCUCAUAGUCUUACACGUGGGUCCAACGAGUUGAUCUUACUUAAGUAAAAAAAAUCAUAGAACAGCUCAAUUGAAUGUCUUCAGCCUUGCUGUUACACCACUAUUAAAGGCUCAUUUUUAAACCGUGGUUUUAAUUUGCCAUUCAAAUUUGAAUUAAUUUGAAGUUGUCCAAGUACAAUAUUGAGAUUUCCUAUUAAUGCAGAAUGACCCUGGUGCCUUAAAGUCUAAUAAAGUGAGUUUUCCUUUAGGUUUUGUUUUGUUUUCAGCCUUUUUUAACAUGCAGUACAUUCACCAAGCUUUUAAUAUUUGAACACUUUUACACCUGUUUUACACAAUGAGAGAUUAUUUCUUGCCCAAAAAGAUUGAUUAAUUGAUUCUGGUGCCCUUUUAAAGUCGUUGAACCAUUGGUCUCCAAGGAUAAGCAGUGUAAACAUCCCUUCUACAGAAACACACUCAGUUUUUUGAGUGUUGGUAGAUUUUGCUGAAGUAUGAUUAAGGGAGCUGUUAAAGAGGACAAGAGUUAUUUUUGUUUUACAUUAUAAAUUAAUAUCUUAUUAUUUGUACUAAUGCAUUUCCAAUUGCAGUGGAUUUCUUUUAUUUAUUUAUUGUGAAAUCCCAUGUUUCCUUUUUGAUAGCUUUUUACUUGAAGCUCAGUAGAGUUGGUAAUGUUCCUCAAAACAGGCUGGGAUCUUCAUAGAGGUACCAUUGCUCUCUUACCUUCAGUCAUAUCUUGACAAGAACUAAAUGAUUCAUAGAGUGUGUUUGAUUGUUAUUGAGGAUAUAUUUUUUGCCUGUCAGUUUGUGUGUGCUAUAGUUCUACCUCAGCACUCUUGUGUUUUAGUAACUAAUUCACUAAAUAAACUAGCAGUGCUUUCUGUUUUUGUGCUUUAGAUGCUUUUAUUUAUUAUAUCAUAUUUUUUUAUUGUAAUUUUUGAAUAAUAAAUCUAAAGUCUCAAACUGUUUGACCAGUAUUUUUAAAUUAAUGUUUGGAUAUCUGUCUCAUUUGUAACUAUUAUUUGCUGUCUGCUGUAGAAGAACCUUGAGGCUUAUGAAAUCAAGAAAAAUGAAUCACCCUCAAGUUUUAAGUUCUUUUGAGUUGUACUGGACUGUAUUGUUCUUUACCUUAUCUUAACUUACAAAACAAACAUUUGGUUACACUUUUGUAAGGAAAUGUUUCUGUUUUCUUUAUAGGAUAAUGACUAUUUUCUUUAAUUGAUUGCAUUUCUUUUUCCCCGAAUUACAUUUAAAAAAACUGUAACUUUCAUUAGGCUCAAACUCAGUCCAGAGUUGGAAAAAUGUCAUUGCAUUUUUACUUUAAAUGUAUUUUUUUUUUUUUUUUGUCCUCUCUAUUACUACUGUUUUUUGGUUUUAAUGUUUUAGAGUGCUUAAACACUGAGAAUUUUGUCAUAGCAUUCAGAAGAAACAGUAUUUGACUGCACUUGCACUGAGGAUGAGUCUCCUAAGAGUAGACAGCGUAAUAGAAGCUCACUUUCCUGCAUUUUCACCUCUUAGACUUUAUCUUAAGUUUUUCUUUGUAUUUCUUGUGGUCCAGAUUUAACUGUGAAACACACUCGUCUAUGCAAACUGUCCUCUAACACUGUGUGACGCUGCACUGCUAAACUAGCCUCUUCAGACCUUCGUGGCUUUCUAGUCUCAUGUUGAUGUUUUUUUGUGGGUCACUUUGUGCUUUUUGUGAAAACUGAAAUGAUUUUAAUAGAUUUUUUUUCCCCUUUCUGUUUUGACGUUGAUUUUAUUCAAUAA